GCCGGAGGCAGGCAGAGGUGGCAGCUGCCUUCUCCCGGGCGGAGGUUAUUCACCCACAUCAUCUCCCUGCAUCCCUGCCUCCCAGAUCUCAAGCCUUGGCAAAGGACAAAGGCGGUCGGUGGGAACCCCCCCUCCCACAUCUCCCCAGGCCAAGCACCUCGGGAGCUGUAGGGUAGAGAGGCAGAGCCUGCUGCAGGGAUGGAAAAAGCUGAAUGAAGGCGAGUUCCAGAGAGGAGGGGAUUGGGCUGUAGGGCUGUGAAGGAAACGAGGGGGAGGGGGCGCUGGGGCUUUCGCUUGCUCCAGCCCUGCCAGCCCAGCCUGCCUGAAACAACCCGCAACAGCCUCCAGGGCCUUGAGGAGAAGCCGGACUUCAUUAGCACCAUGCAGUGGAUAAGGGGCGGAUCGGGAAUGCUGAUCACUGGAGAUUCCAUCGUUAGUGCUGAGGCAGUAUGGGAUCACGUCACCAUGGCCAACCGGGAGUUGGCAUUUAAGGCUGGCGACGUCAUCAAAGUCUUGGAUGCUUCCAACAAGGAUUGGUGGUGGGGCCAGAUCGACGAUGAGGAGGGAUGGUUUCCUGCCAGCUUUGUGAGG